AUGCCCCGCGCAUUUCCAACCGUAGAGCAAAAUGAUAAAACGAAACGAGCAACCGUGCCUAAGAGCCCUUUGUCAGCGUCUCUUGUUGAGAGCGUAGCUGGAUUUAGCGCCGGCGUCGUCUCUUGCCUCGCCGCACACCCACUCGACCUAUUGAAGAACCGACUGCAACUUAAUACACAAAGUCGAUCGCGACCUGGCGACUCAUAUCGAAUACUACGAAAUGUCAUCAAGGAUGAAGGGGGCGUCCGAGCACUAUAUAGAGGGCUAUGGCCAAAUCUUUUGGGCAAUAGUCUAGGUUGGGGGUUAUAUUUUCUAUUCUACGGAAACCUAAAAGAAUUAUUCCAAAGUAGGAGGCAGAAGGGCGAGCAUCUGGGAAGUGCUGAGUUCUUUUCCGCGAGUAUCAUCGCUGGCCUUCUCACUGGUGCCUGCACAAAUCCUAUCUGGGUAGUGAAAACUCGCAUGCUUGAACGCGGCGCAAACCACCCUUCUGCAUAUAAGUCGAUGAGAUUUGGUCUUCGUCACGUAUACGAAACUCGAGGACUGAAGGGCCUUUGGGCAGGCUUUCUGCCUUCGUCACUGGGUGUGCUACACGGCGCAGUACAAUUUAGCAUUUACGAGAAUAUGAAGAAGAGAAGGGGAACACAUAUUGGUGGGCAAGAUAAACUGAGCAAUUGGGAGUACGUCUAUAUGAGCGGUGGAAGCAAACUACUUGCUGGAGCGAUUACGUACCCAUAUCAGCCCAUAAGAGCGAGGCUGCAACAGUAUAACGCCGCCCAGCAGUACACCGGACUAGUGGAUGUGCUCAGGAAGACUUAUCGGAACGAGGGAUUUCUGGCGUUCUACAAGGGUGUCAUCCCUAACACGCUGCGAGUCAUCCCAACCACUGUUGUUACGUUCUUAGUGUAUGAGAACACGAAACUAUACUUGCCAAAGGUUUUUGCCGAUGACGAGCAGCAAAGCCACGAUGAAGACUAG